CUGUUAUUUGAAGGUUACCGACGGUCUCUUUUUUCUGGAAUCUGGGUUUUUUUUAUAAAUAUUUAUAAUUUAUAAACAACAACUGUUCUCUUUUAAGAUGCAGAUGAGUUGUGCUCUACUCUGUAUCUCACUCUGUGUCUUUACUGCACAUCUGUCAAGGAUCCAUGGCAUGACCGUCGCGUAUCCAGAAAAAAAAGGAUGGACUCUAAACAGUGCUGGCUACCUACUAGGACCUUAUGCUCACAGAAGUCUUAAUGUAAGACACAGAGCAACGGGCAAAAGAGACAUGUGGAAUGAAAAUUCAGGCUUACCAACAUCUUCAUACAAUGAUUCCUAUCUUCUCUCACUGCUGGGUCAUCUUGCAUAUCUGCGAUUAAAGGAAAUGGGAAUGACUGAAGAUUUCAGUGGCUCUUUAACAAGCAGCCAUAUGAAGCAAUAACAAAAUAUCUCUGUUUCACUGUUCUUCAGCAGUUGCCCUCUAAUAUUGUUUUGGAUUUAAUCCUUAUUUAACAUGUAUUAACAAGUGGUUCAAAUUGGUAAAAUGCGUAGAUGAAUAUCCCGUGAAUCAUGCUGAUUUGACUAAUCUCUCCACUUUAACACUGAACCAUUGUUGGUGCAUAAUUUUCUGCUUCAGAAUACAAAUAAAGCACUU